CGAUCCAGGCGUUUACAGAAUGCGCUCUUCACAAAUUUUCGCAUUCGUUCCUGUACAUGCCUUGUCAGUGCCUGCUUACUGCAGACUUUCUAGAUAUUCUUGCUUGAUACAAUGUAAAAUAAGCUACGUGACAAAGACAAAAAACUAAAACAUAAUAUUUGUGUCACGUCUCCGAAAAUUAACAGUUCCUGCGAGGGAGAUUUUUAUAAACAGAAUAAUGGCAAGCGGUCAUAGUCGAACGAGAGUUUAUGCAGACGUUAAUACCCACAGACCAAGAGAGUAUUGGGAUUAUGAAUCACAUGUCAUUGAAUGGGGGCAACAAGACAAUUAUCAACUUGUACGAAAACUUGGUCGUGGAAAAUAUUCUGAAGUUUUUGAAGGAAUAAAUGUUACAAAUAAUGACAAAGUUGUUAUCAAAAUUUUAAAGCCUGUGAAAAAGAAGAAAAUAAAAAGAGAAAUCAAAAUUCUAGAGAACUUAAGAGGAGGUCCAAACAUCAUUACGUUAUUAGAUGUAAUCAAAGAUCCAGUUUCAAGGACGCCUGCGUUAAUAUUUGAAUACGUGAAUAACACUGACUUCAAGCAAUUGUAUCAACAGUUCACAGAUUUCAACAUCAGAUUUUAUUUAUAUGAACUGCUUAAGGCAUUAGAUUAUUGUCACAGCAUGGGUAUAACGCACAGAGAUGUAAAACCACACAAUGUUAUGAUUGAUCAUGAAAUGAAAAAACUUCGACUAAUUGACUGGGGAUUAGCUGAAUUUUAUCAUCCCUCUCAAGAAUAUAAUGUGAGAGUGGCUUCCAGAUAUUUUAAAGGACCAGAACUAUUGGUGGAUUUCCAAGAAUAUGAUUACUCGUUAGACUUGUGGAGUUUUGGUUGCAUGUUUGCUAGCAUGAUCUUUCGAAAAGAGCCAUUUUUCCAUGGCCACGAUAAUUAUGACCAACUUGUUAGAAUAGCAAAAGUUCUUGGGACAGACGAGUUAUUCGAUUAUCUGGAGAAGUAUCAAAUUGAUCUUGAUCAAAGAUUCAAUGACAUCCUGGGGAGGCAUUCUAAGAAACGAUGGGAACGCUUUAUCACCAGUGAAAAUCAACAUCUUGUUAGCACCGAAGCUAUUGAUUUAUUAGACAAACUUCUUAAAUACGAUCAUCAGGAACGUUUAACGGCUAGGGAAGCAAUGGACCAUGCGUAUUUUCAUCCUGUUGUAAGGCAAGAUCCCUCUCGCAAUGGAUCAGCACAAGGAAAGGACAGUUCCAGCCCACCUGCCACAAGUCCGGCAGCCGGCAGUUAAAUGAUAGUUUUGAAUGCCACUUAAUUUAUUCACACGGUUUUCAUAUAUCGUUACGAUUUUCAUAUAUCGUUACGAUUUAUAAUAAAAAAAUAUAUUAUAUUACGUACUCAUAGCAGCACGAAUAAGAAAACGUGAUUUUUAAGUUGGUACACGGUUUAACAGAUGUUGCGAACAUGAAGGACAUGUUUCACACAAACCGAAAAACUAUAUGACUAUUUGAAAUAAACUGGAGACAUGCUAAACGCAUGGUUAACGAUGGUUAAAAUUUUCUAUAAAAGUGUUCUCUAUUCUGACAUUGUUUCGCAGUUUUUAAUUUCAUGAAACCACUCACUGCAAGCCUGUUUGGCAAUUCUAAUAAGUUAUUUUUACCAUCUCAUUAUCGCAGCUUCGAUUCUGUUGAUAUAAUCAAAAAAUUUGCCCUAAACACUAAUUUUUAAAAUUACCGUCGUUGUUGUUUUUAUCUGUCUAUCACGCAAACAAAUUUUGAUUCCUGCUAAAAUAUUUCUUCGUGUGAACUGUCUCCCAGGUUAGUUAUUUGAGAAAUUUAUUCUCUUAUUUUAGAAUUCUGCACUCGCCCUGCUUAUUUGCGCCAGGGUCCCUACGAAUUUUUUUUUUUUGCGAUUGUAUUUAUGAUUAUUUGUUUGUUACAAUCAUGGUAGUAUUUGAUACGAA